CUGUGCGAGUGCGGCCCGGCUCGGGGCAGCCCUGCCGCGCUUUUGGCUUUGCCCUUAUUUCCACUCCCUCCUCCCCCGAGAUCUGGCUGCUCUUGGGCUGCUGCCGCGGCAUUUCCCCUCAGGAAGCGGUGAGGGGGUGGGCGCAGCAGCCGUGGCCAGGCCGUGGGGUGCUCCGGCUUUGGCGUGCACCAUGCCCUGUGUCACUCUUGUUGCGUUUCUCUGCCAAGGAAGUGGUUUUUGAAAUAAUGCGCGAAUGUUGCCUGCAGGAAAAGGGGAAGGAAACGCGGCCGGGAGGAAGAGAACCCCCUCACCUGCUGAGCAGGGCAGUCGCAAGCUGAGGUCGACAAACCAUGAAGAAAGAAUAAAGGAAUCCUGAAGCAGUAGCAGGCUGUUUGCUCCUGGACUUUGUCCAAAGGGACUGUUUGCACAUCAGUGCUCUCUCUUACCAGGUGUGGCACAGAGUGGGACCAUGGAAGGAAAGGAGACGUCACCAAGUCACACCUCAGAGAGCAGCAUAUUGGACCUCCCCUCUGCUUGUGACCUAGCAGAGCACUUUCUGCCUCCACACAGCUCUGAAAACAGUGAGGACCUUUAUCCUUCUGGGGAUGUUUUUCCCUCUCCACCCACAGGAGAGAGCAAUCCAUCAUCUGCAGCUCCUGUGAGCUGUUCUGCUGAAGGCUCUGAGGAAGCAAACGUGAGAUGUUACCCAAAAGCAGGGCUGUGUGAGCCCUCCGAACCCAAUGAUGCUGUGCUCUCAUGGACAUAUGAACGUGACAGUGCAGAAGGUCCCAGCAUCAGGGACUCUCUGGAUGGCUUCUACAACAUGUACUGUAGCAAGCAGCCAGAGAGAAAGGAUCCAACCUACGAGGCUGCCUCACGGUGUCUGUCACAGAAGAUUUCAGAGCUGGAACAAAAGGAUGGAACAAAAUACGUGUCACGUUGCCUGCAAAUGGCGCAGUUGGUCUUGAACAGAGAUGGAUGUAAGAUCUUUCCAAACCACCCCCCUUCUGCUUGCUUUUCAAAGCCAGGUGAAGGAGAAGUCUUGUUGGAAACCAGAACGAGGACACCUGGACUCUCAGAUGACAUCCUGCAGUUCCUCUUGAAACAAACACAGGCAGAACGUAACCCUGAUGGGUCACACGAGAAGUGAGCAAGUCAGUGGUUUGUUUCUGUCCUUGGAGCUUUGCUUUCACUCCAGAAAGAGGUGACUUUCUUAGAAAGACAUUGUUCUCUGAGCACCACCUUCAACACCAGAGGCUCCAUGGAGGGGUUCACCCAGAGCAGACCUUGCACCUUGGUCUCUGCAGGGCAGGACUGAAUGAGGAACAUCCAUGUAACUGCUUGGGAUGUGUUGACUAAUUGGGAGGGGUGAUGCAGUGUUUGUUGCUGGGACAUCAAUUGUGAUAAUUUUUACCUGCCAGGCUUUUAAAUUGGCCUACAUCCUUACCCCAGCUGAGCAGUGGUCCAGCCCAAGUUCAGUCCCUGUGGGCUGUGGAUGGCUGUCCAGGUGCUUUUGGCUGUAACAGACUGUUUUGAGUGACCUUGGCAUGGUGUGCCCCAGCCCUACAGAGGGAAGGUUUUUGUUCCAUACCUGGCUGAUACUGUAACACAUUUGCCUCCACGGGGUGCCUGUUAGCUCUGUGUUUUUAUAUGCAGACAUAUGACCCCACAGAUCAUGAUUGCAAUGCCAGGUGAGUUCUUCUGACAGAGGCAGCGUGUGUGUGCAUGAGAAAGAGAAAAUACAGUUUGUGAGCAUGUUUUCUGACAGUGCUGCUGUCCUGUUUACCAACCCACCAUCAUCCCCCCAACAACCUUCAGUUCCUUUCUGACUUUCGUGAUGGUGCUAAUGAGAUCCCUGGGGGAAUGUUCCCUUUAAAACGAAACAGAUCUCUCUGAGCCCAAAGAGGCUGAUGUCAGUCAGCAACAGAGCAAUGAACCCACACACAGCCACUUAAGGUUUCUCGCUCGGAAGCCUCCCGGCUCGGUGGCUUCUUUGCUGCUUUCCUGCCUCUGCCAGGCAGAUAAAUGUCUUUUCCACCCACUGGCCUGUCCACUGAAAGAGGAGUUUGCUGUAGUGAUGUUGUUUGCUGACUGGGGAGGCCAUUCUCCAGUGUGGGUGUGAGUAGGGAAGCAGAGAGUGCCAGAGGAAGGGAUGUGUUUGAGAUGACAGCAGAUGGGCAAAGGAGAAAGAAAGAAAGGGUGGUUGGGGUCUCAAAGAUCAGCAUCAAUGUGGUUACUCCAGUACAGCCACACUGCUCACACCAGUUUUGGUAUUGGAUAUCCAGUGUUUGCCAGCCCAGCUGCUGAGACCUCUCACCCACUCCCUCUCCACACUGGCCAGAUCUCAGAGUGGGUGUUUGUGUUCCUGCAUGUCACAUUCCCUGCUGCAGUCCCACAUAGGGCUGCUAUUCCUGCCUUGCUGCCCCCGGCAGAUUGGCACAGUGGCUGUGCUCUGCAGGUGUUUCCAGCAAAGGCAAUGGAAAUUUGGCUGCUGCCUUCAGUCAGAGCAGGAGGAGGCCCAGCUGGCUGCAAGUUAUGGCCAAAGUCUUAGGAUUUGGUGUAAUCUCUCUUUGCAAACAGAUUGAUAUUGGAAGUGCCUGGAUUUGUUUUCCUGUCCAUGAGUCAUCAUGGAACCAAUACAUUUGGCUUUGUGGUGGUCCUGCUUGGUGUGUUGCUUGCUUGCUUUUAUGGCAGAGGUGUUGUACAUGUGCUGGAGGGCACACAGAAUACUGGGGCAGACCUUCAGCUGCUCCCCCAACUACUCAAGUUAAUGGUGCUAGGGGGAAAAACAGAGUUGAGGAUGCAGCAUCAUUUCUGUAGCAGCAAACAAAUCCACAGAUGCUUGUGUAUCAAAAUCCAGAUGAAAGCACCCUGCUGGCAAAAACUGUAGAGAAAGGUCAUAGCAGCUAGUUUAGCCAUAGGUACAGCUGGGAAAAGGAAGCAUACUCCUGAGUGUGCUGUCAGUAAUUACAGUAACAUCAGUGGCCCCUCUGCCAGCUCACAUUGCUUAACCCCACAGAGCUGUCACAGCCAUAAGGGCAUUGGUACUGACAGAUGUAGGGAGCUAUUGCUAAGGGUGUACAGGGAAGAAGGAAGGUCUUCAGUGUGAAUCAGAUGUUGCUUUUAAUUUUUUGCCAGCAUUUAUGCUGUUCCACACGGUUAAAUUAGUUGCUGUGCAAAACCUCUGAGCUGCCAUUUAAAGGGAAAUAAACUCCCAUGAAGAGAGAGAUGGAGAAAUCAGAGGUCUGCAUCUGAAUCCCUUUAGGUGCUGUAUUUGGUUUGUUGAUGAAUUGGUCAGUGCUUUGGGUUAGCUCUAAAACCAUCUGGUUUCCUGAUCAGACUUGUUUUUUAAAGGAAAUAAAAACCAAAGACAUUCAAUUUCCACAAAGAAAGCUUGCUGGAAAAUAAGUUCCUGCUCUUUAGGGGAGACCUGCUGCUACUGAUGUCUGAGACACCCCUACUGGGUUUUGAUGGAAAUGAAGCCCUGAUUGACUCUAGUCUGACCCCAGAGUAGCCCUAGAGACACACGUGGGUUUCCCUACUCGCAACAAAACACGAGGUGUCUGCCUGGAGCCCCUCUGGGGUGUGCACAGGAUGCGCCUCCUGAGGCCUUAGUAACCUGAGCUGCCAUCAUUUUAUCCAUUUUUGGAAUGAGUUAUAGCAAACAUUGAGGGAGUAGCUGUUCAUUUGUUGUUCAGUGUUUUCAGUGAUGGCAAAAUGAGGCCUCUGUAGUUUGGGAGAUGUGUGUCCACACAGGAAGUUAACCUGGGGUCCCUCUGUGGGGAGAUGUUGCUGCUUCACACCAGGGGCCAGAGGGGGAUGGGGCACCUCCAGAGAGCUCCUGCUCCUUCUUCAGCUCCUCUGGUUCGUGGGCUGCACAACUGCCUUUAACGUCACUGUUUUCUCAUUAGAAAUGUCCGGUGCAGCAAGAAGACGCUCAUUACUCUUGAACCCUUUAGGUACUGAGAUGCAAGCAAUGACAAAAUAGAGAAUAGGUGGCUGCUGAAAGAGCAUGAAGAGAGAUACUGGCAGAGGAAAGCAUGAAACUGUUCAAUUUUAAGGACCAACGUAGGCAGAACAGGCUGGAUACAGCUGAAAAAUUUGGAUUAUGACUCAUAUCUACAAAUCUUGGCUGGCAUCUUGCAGAGGGUAGGGUAAUCUUGGUGCUGCUGAAACAUGCAGUCUUUUGAGAAGUUUGAACCCCUCAGAAUCAGGAGUGCCUGCAGUUCUGUGCGCUGCUCACUUCCAGUGGAUCAUGGAUAUGACUAUCCAUGGCUUCCUCAAGGUAAGACCAGAAUCUUUUUGCAUGGCAAGUACCAAGAGUGGUAUGAAGCCCUCACAGAAAUGUCCCAUGUUCUGUCUAUUUCUCCCAUCCUGUGCAAUAAUCUGAGAAACUGAGUUUAUUCCUGAGAGGUGAAGUGCCUUCCUCUCUCCAUGGCUUGCACUUAGUUUUGACACUUGUGUGGUUUCAGCUCACCCUAUCUCCCCAGCACUGCUGGUUCUCACCUCUGCUGCCAAAGCCAGCUGCUGUCACCUCCCUUCAUUCCCCUGUGUGUGGGGACUGCUUUAGCAAAGGCAUCUGGGGGCUUACACUGCAGAACAAGUCCAAGGGGUUUUUUCCUUCUGCUUGUUCAAGGCUCACGGCCGAGGAGCAGAUCUCUGAGCCUAACUGAGAACAGCACCUGAAAACCUACACCACCUUUCAGGGCUCUGGGUAUACAGGAUCCCUCCCACAAGAUCUUCAAGCAAGAUGUGUAAGUGAAGUAAAAGAUGGGGAAUCACAUCAGUCCCAUAGGGUAAGACAAGCAAGGCCAAAAUUGAUCCACCAUUGCCAAGGAGGAGGAAUGCAGGACAUGGUGAGGACUUGACAACCAUGCCUCAGGGGUUUCCCUGCUGCGUAGCCCAGAUCCAAAUCCCACCCAAAGUCUGCUAGAGAAGUGUGUGCUCUGAGCUGGGUGUUUUGCACCUGAGCUGGACCAGCAUCCCCAGUGUCUCAGAGGGGUGACUGUAGCGCUGCAGGCACUAAGCCCCUGCCCGUGCACACCAGCCACUGGAGCGGCCCUGGGGCUCAGCCUAGGACUGGGUCUGGCAGGCUGAGAGUGCUGCCUGUUCCCUUACAUAAAUGCCUGAUCCAAGCUCUUCUGUCAUCCCUGACGAAUCCUGCUGCUGUUAAGUCAUUCCCUGGGCUGGGAGCUGCUCCAGGACGUUUGGUAUCAAUGGCCUCUCUGCUGCUUACUCCGACAGCAUUUUUAUUUUGCCUCCCACACGGCUGCUGGUGGGAGGUGCUGAUUCAUGCCAGCGACCUACCCAGUCCUGGAGCCCCAAAGCAGCCAGGGAGAGCUGAGCUCCUCUCUCAGGUGCUGAAGCAGGCCUCAGUGAAGUGAAUGGGGCCAGGGCCAUUUACACCAGCAGGGGGUUUUUCCCCCGGAGUUUAAGGUGGUUUGGUAUACUUGGAUAUAUCAGGACAUAUGGUUGUUAAAACUGGUGUGCAACAGGCAGUAUGCAUCCUCUAGAAAUGUGGCUAUUUCAUACCUGAGCACUGGUGAUUUUGUGUGGGGCAUAUGUUUUCCCACAACACAGAAGUUCGUUUUAAAAAUACCCUCUUCUGUAGGCUUUCCCUAAUGACUAUUUUUCUACACGCAUCCAUUAGGCAACAACAUAUGCCAGCAUUUCUUCCUUAAAAGUAAAAUCUGGCACAUAACACACGGAGCAUGAAAUAAUAAGAUGUGAUUAAAGCAGUAGCUGGAGCUAACCAAAGCCAGAAAACUCGUGGCUGAAAGGUCAAACCUUUUUUUAAAUUGCCUUUGCAGUGGCCUGUUUGUUUGCAGGUGCUGGGACUUGGGAGGGAAAGUCUUGUAAUGAAAGAACAACUGUCAUAGAAAAUUACACCGUCAGUUCGAGCCAAACAAACUUUCACUCGCAUUGGAAGGUAGGUUCUUAUAGUGGGAAAUGUCAGUCAGCCUUAGGGCAGGUAUCACCUUCCAGUGUUAUCUGCACUGCUGUGAGAGAUGAGCCAGGAAUGAUGCUAAAUGGGUGCUAAAAUCAGCACUUCCCGGCCAGAGAACCGGGAUGAUUCUGUAAUUAAGCAUACUGAGGUGGGGAUGCUGUGCCCUCCAACACAUUUUCAGUGUGACUUCCACCAAUUAGUUUAAGUUGCCAGCAGCUUGUUUUGGGUAUCUGAGAGCUUCAGAGAGAGUGAGAGGGCAGGGCAUUUACACCCGCGGCUUUGUCUAACAGCAAAAGCUCAAACCCCUGCAAUUAGAGGCUGAAACAAUAAUAGAGGUUUUGCAUCUGUGGUCCAGGCUCCCUGUUUAAGAAACAACUCGGCACAUGUUCUGUGAGGCCAGCUUGGUUUUGAUCCUUGUUUUUGCAUCUUCCCUGGGUCUGACUGCUCCCUGAGACAAGUCGAGCACCGCAUGAUAAACGUGUGAGUGCAGACAAGUCCCGUGGCUGGGUUCUGUCUCUGGGAGUGUUAUUGCUGCUUGUCUGGUGCUCAAGAACAGACUGUUUGCCCGUGAAUAACUGGGGGAAAAAAUUAUUCUGGGAUGAGGAGUCAGACUGCUACUUUGAGGGCUGGGGGAGUCUUUCCAAAGGCAGCAGUGAAUUAGGCUGAGAAUGCAGUGGUGUGCUGGACAAGGGUCAGACUGAUUCCUGUGCCCCUUCCUCCCGUUCCCAUUGCCGUGGGGUGCCUCUGCAGCACCAGUGCUUGGUGAGGGGAGAUGGUGCCAGCCCCCAGGCUGCCACGAGGAGGAAGAAAUGAAGCUGAUAAAGUGCAGACACUUGUCCAGUGUUUGAGGGCAGCAGGUACCCCGACAGCCCCGGUCCCAGAUUGUCCUCAGAGCUACUCAGCCUGGGUGGGACAGUCACCUGCAUGCACUGCUUGGCCAGCUUGGGUGCUGACAGGAGGUGUCCUCUUAACUUUGUUCCCAGCGUAACUUUGCCACCCAGGCCCAUUUGAGCCGCAGUGUUCCCCCUGAGGCAGCCACCCCUCAUGGGUGGGAACUGAUUUUUCCCAAAGCCAGGGCAUGACGCCCUGUAGGCUCAGUAUGCCUCACCUGAGUGCUGGCAAAGCACUAUGGCUUGCUCUUUCUCAUAUCCAGGGUAGCAGAGUCUCUUCCAAGGUCUCUUUUUCUGCUUUUCCUGUUUGGAUCACCUUCCCACCAUCAGGGUUACUAGACAAAUUUACACAGAUGGAGCAUCUUCCUGGUAUUUUCAUUUCCCAGGCUGCCUUUAAGCUUAAGCCUCUUAAGCUUUUUUAUAAGCACACAGCAUUUCACACAAAGAGCCUAAAAGUCUUAAAAUCAGGCUAUGCAAAAGGAAAAAGGAUAUUCUAAAGGGAAGAGGUGCUAGCAAAAUAUCCUCCUGCAUUUUGUAGGUUUUGCUCUCUCUUUCCUAGGCUUUUUUUUGCAACUGGGUUUUGUUCUUUGUGCCAGUGGCGAUUCAAAAAAAGGUGAUGGAAAAUUUCUUGGGCAAUUCCUUUUGCUGUGUGAAUACUGCUGUCGUAAAAUAGAUCUCUCAACACUGUUUUCAGUCUGCAAUUAUGUGCAAGGGCAUAACUGGAUUUUUUUUCAGUACGUACAUUGUUCAGUAAUAAAAACUUUACUCUGAAAUCAUUA